AUCAUGAAGGAAACCACCACCUAUGUUAGCUGGCCUUGUCGAUUGAAGAUUGGCGCGAAGACGAAAAAGGAUCCGCACAUUCGGAUCGUUGGCAAAAUGGCAGAUGUACUGCGCGCUAAGGAUAAAGUCAUGUCCCGUCUUGAUUCUAGGGGCAGUCGCGUGAUCAUGAAGAUGGACGUAUCGUACACGGACCAUUCGUUCAUCAUUGGCCGCGGUGGCAACAACAUUAAGAGAAUUAUGGAGGAAACGACAACCCACAUCCACUUCCCGGAUUCGAACCGUUCGAAUCCGACCGAGAAGAGCAAUCAGGUGUCGAUGUGCGGCAGCAUCGAGGGCGUCGAACGGGCGAGAUCGUUGGUUCGGAACUCGACACCGUUGCUGAUCUCCUUCGAGUUGCCAAUACUGGCGCCGGGCAAAACGCCACCGGACAACGAUACACCGUACGUGAAGGAGGUCGAGGCAGAGUUUAGUGUACAGGUGAUCUUCUCUACUAGACCGAAGCUUCAUUCUUCGCUGGUGCUGGUGAAGGGUUCUGAGAAGGAGGAGUCUAUGGUGAAGGAAGCUACCCGGCGUUUGAUGGAUUUGAUGUGUGAAAAUAUGGCGAGUCAAAUACCAGUGCAGAUGCAACUAGAAAUCUCGACCCAGCAUCACCCGAUCGUGCUCGGGCGGGCAUCGAGCAAUUUGCGGGAAAUUAUGAACCGAACCGGUACACAGAUAAUGUUCCCGGAUGCGAACGAUGUGAAUAUCAAGCCAAUCAAGCGCUCCCAGGUGACCAUAACCGGUUCCAUCAAUGGUGUCUACCUGGCAAGGCAACAAUUAAUCGGCAGUUUACCGAUCGCACUCAUCUUCGACUAUCCGGAAAACACGGUCGACUCGGACGAAAUUACCAAGCUCAUGCUAACGCACGACGUGUUCAUAUCCGUGCGCCAGAAAUCUCGCCAAAGUACGCUGUGCAUCGUUAUCAAGGGUAUCGAAAAGUUUAUCGCAAACAUCUACGAAGCGCGUCAUCAGCUGCUGAAGAGUACGGGACCACGCGUGGUAGCCGAAAUACCCCGCACGUACUUCGGCCCGAACGAGCAUCCACAGCAAACGACCCAAAACAUAUCGGCUCUACUGGCGGGACCGGUUGCGCCACCGUUUUCACCGCUGUCACCCAUCAGUGCGCUGUCCUUCGUCGGAUGGCCAUCCCCGUCAUCGGCGGCGGCUGCUGCAUUGCCAACGGCGGAUUACGCAUUCAACCAUAUGCGUGGCCAGUUCCAAAACAUCCAUGUACACGGUCCGACGAAAUUACCGACGUCCCAUCACCAACUUUUGCCACUCUCACUUCCUCCAGGGCUGGAUCGAACCAUUGGCUCGAGCGGGAAGCUGUCCCAUCUCUCUAGCGCCCAUCUGCUGUCGGUUCCAGCCGGGCAUGGAGGCGGCGGUGGUGGAUCGUUCCUUCAAAGUCCACAGCAUCAUCAGCAGCCAGCUCAUCAUCACCAUCAUCAGCAUUCGAGUCAUUCGCACCAUCAACGCAGCCAGCAGCAAUCGGUGCAUUCGAAUGGGAACUGUUCGACUUCGACCAGCCUGACGGUCAGUCAGAACAGCAGCCACAAUGACAUCCAUUCGAGCGGCUAUCAGAGCUUGAACUGCUCCAGUAACUCGCUGGAUCAGCAGUACCAGAGCAACUCGUCGACGGGUGGCUCCGUGUCGCAGGUGUCCUCGAACUCGCUGCUAAACAGCUCGCCCGAUCAUCAGAGCCCAAGCGUCUCCGGAACGAGUGGAAUGAACCGCUGCCGUCUGUCCGUUUGCACGCCGGAAAGUCCCCACUAUCAGUCGGACUUGGAGCAACGAACGCCUUUAGCGUUUGAACAGAAGAGCUCCCUGAACGACGCGUUCCUGUUCAACCUUGACCCACGCGUUGUGGCCGGUUACAAGGCGAUGCAUAUGUCGCCGCAGCAGGGCGAGGUUCGCACACCGACGCUGUCCUGGCAGGGUCUAGGAUUAAGUCAGUCGUCUCCGGCCCCGCUCGAGGCGUGUGAUCUCAGCUGGGCCAACAGCAGCAACUCGAGCAGCGCCGGUGGUGGUAGUGGCGGUUGUGCAAACACCAGCACGAGCAGCUCCAGCAGUGGGGCUACCGAUUCGCGCCACAACAUGACGACCACCAUGAUCGAGGUGACUCCGCGACAUCAGCGCGAACAAAUGUCCCAGUACAACGACGUCACGACCAUUCUGACCGGUUUGGGGCUGGAGCAUUACAUCAAGAACUUUAUCAACGGCGAAAUCGAUAUGACCGUCUUCCAGACGCUCACCGAUCAGGAUCUGCUCAAUCUGGACAUCAAACCGCUCGGCGCGAGGCGUCGAAUACUGAUGGCUAUACAUGAUUUGAGCGCUCGGCAGGGUAGCGCAUUUUUUGGAUCUUCCGCACUGUCACCGUCGGCCUUACCGUCGGCCCUGUCGCGUUUCUCCGGUUCAGCUGCACCCGGGGCAGAGCGACGUAGUUCCAGUGGGCAGUAAGGGACAGUGCGGGGUGCUGUUUUGUGCGAGAACACGACGGAACAUUCUGUGAGUGCUGCUUCGGAUGGCCAAAACGGUGCUAACGACGUGGAAAGUACUUUUGCAGAUACAAUGCCACCGGUGUGCCGUGGAUCCACACAUGUACGUGGACAUUAAUUAAUUAACCACAUGUUUGAGCGAUAGCGUUCUUACGUAAUCAGUAGCGGCUAUCGGUAGCAAUAAUGCAAUAUCGAUUGUUGUACAAGAAGAAGUUCGUGUGGUGAGCUUGUGAGGAAAGAUUUGUCUCUCCUAUUCCUUACGAGCUAGUGAACAAUCCGUUUUGCGAAGCAGUUUGAAAUCAAGCGGCAUCUCACGUUGCACGGUACAUGACAUUGCCAUGGUCCAACUGUCGCAUCUGUGUCCGAUCAGUGGAUGUGAAAAUUACGGUCCCGUCCACCAUGAGUGCUCGGAAAGAAUUGAACAAAAAAAAACGAAAAACCACCACGGCUUACGUACAUGGCGCAAAGAUAAAAGGCUUCGGAAGUAAAUAGGAAGACAGCUGCAACGGUGCAAUGCUUGGCUUUGUUCGAUACGGCAACUGGUUUGAAAUAAGAAGCUGCCAGCUAACCAAACCCAAUGACCAAAUGAGACAGUCGCAAAAGUACAAAGAAAGCACGAAUUCAAACUGACACAGGAUGCGGACGGCGAGCACGGCAACAAAUGUUACCGGCAGUUUUUUGUUUUGUUUUGCCUCUUUUGCCCAUUGCUACGCCAGCGGGCAGAAAGUACUAUAAUUGCAAUUAAAUGCAACUGCAUCCGCCUUGUUAAUCCUGUUUGGAGCGGUUCAUGACCAACCGUUGCCACUACGAUGCCGCACACCAAACAACGGAAACGGGUACACGAGAUGUACACGAACACUAGUCAACCGAGUCAUUCACGCCUUAGACAAGACAAAUCCGUAGUCGCUUUUAUACUUGAAUUCUGUUUUUAAUUCCAUCCCACUGAUGCUUAAGCUACGACGUUUAAGUGCAAUGGGAAGUGUCUCACCCUGGCUCGCCACCCCACUGCCAGCGCCAAAACACACGCAAGUACGGUAAUCGUUUUGAUCAGCCAGAAGCGGCUGGAACCAGUAACCGUCGUGAAGCGAACAAAACAAAUCCCUGGCUGCACCCUUCACGUACCCCCCACCCCCUCCUCCUAUCCCCACCCGUCUUGAAUGAUCCUUACACUCUGCUUUCUAAUUGCAUGCCUUUCAUAUAAUUGCAUUGAUUUUAAUUUUGAAUAGAGAUACAAACCGCACACGUUCACCUGGAACAACCUGUCGGGAUGUUGCCAGUAGCAAGGAGGCAAGGCCGUUCCAAGGCUGUUGCAUUCCGAACUCGGUUGCAUAAACCAAACCUAGGGAAGCUAGCAUAAUAAUUCAUUUAAUUCUCGUUCUUCCUUUUUUGCAUGCAUUCCCGAGAUUCAUGAUGCAAAGCGGGACAGAAGAAAAAACAACACAGGAUUGCUCACAUAAACUAACGAUACGCGCGCGCCCGCUACCACCGUGUGGCGUUCAGUUUAGAUAAUGAACCAUUUCAAAGUGCAAAGUAGAAACGGUUCAUCAACAGUCGUUUCGUUAUAGUUUGCUUUUUAGUUUUAACAAUCCACCACCACCACCAACACCCGGUCGUGGUGGGUUUGUGUUUUGCCCAAAGGUCGCACCUUGUUGCACGCUCCGUUGACACACACCGGUUGCGAAUGCGGGACAGUUCUCGGUGCAGUGCACGCGUGCGGUUUUCUUGUGCGACCAUCGCUGCAGGCGGCGAUUCUUUUCGCUCCACCUCGAACGUGUGCGGUCUGUGCUGUUUGUGUUUUGUUUUUGGUUGAUUAUUAUUUCUCUUCCCAUUUUAUCCAUUAGAACUAUCAUUCCUUUCUACGAUACUUACAUUUUUCACCAUUUUCCGCGAGUUUUGUUCAGUGCAUGCGUUUCCUUUUUUUCCCCCUCCCCGUCGUUCCAUUCCUUUUCCAACGGGGGAGAAGGAAAAAAAAAACAACAAUUGUAUUCUCUUUUUUUUUGUUAAACAAAUCCGAGUUCGAGUUCGCGUUUCCCACGAAUAGAUAGAAUAUGGAAAUUGUUAAAGCAAUUAUUUUGAAAUUAUGUUAAAAGAAGAAAAAAAUAUAUAUGCAUGUUUACAAGAAUGCGUUGAUUCUCGCUGCUGUAAGCGUAACACGAUCCGAUCCGAUCCCUGCCGGGUUUGUGGAAGCAGCAAUGAAAUUCAUAUAAAUCUCCUGCACAAAUCUUUCCAACCGGACCGCCUGCUAGAUGAUGGAACUAUUUAAUUACUUUCUACCGUCUGCUGCUACUGUCUGUCUGUUUGUUCGUGUCUGU